AUGGGGCUAGUUUCGUACGAUGUUAAACCGGUAGUAUUGAUUUGGAUUGUAUCAACUUUCAUCGUAUCAACAGAUGGCGCUCCAUGUUGCUGUUGUGUGAUUUGCUGUGCUCAAUCAGUCGCUGAACGAUGCACAUGUGACAGUUCACUCAACGACGAUAAGCCUUCCAGUUUGUAUCAAUGGAAUGGAAGCGAACUUGAGGGCGUUAAUGAACUAGAUGACGAUACGUCUUCUAAUUGGAACCUACGAGACGGUACGGAACUGGAUGAAGAUAAGACUUCUAGUUGGAGUAACCAUUGGGACCAAAGCGAACUUGACUAUAAUAAUGAAUUCGACGACGAUUUGUCCUCUAGUAAGGACGUAAGUGAACUCGAAGAUGAGAGUGAAUUUGACGAUCAAUCUUCUAGGUGGUUUCUAGAGGAUGCAAGUGAACUCGAUGGUUCUAGUGAACGUGAACUCAUCAACGAUAGGGAACUAGAAGAUGAUUCGCCGUCUAACUGGAACCGAAUAAGAGUUCGUGUGACCAUUGUGACACCAUCAUCAGCUGAAUCAUCAAGCACAGGAACAGGUUACGGUGGAGAUGCAAGUCAGGGUGUGGGUGUUGGUGUAGGUGUGGGCGUAGGUACAGGUGUUGGUGUAGGUGUAGGUGCAGGUGUGGGUGUCGGUGUUGGUGUAGGUGUAGGUGCAGGUACAGGUACAGGUGCAGGUGUAGGUGUAGGUGUAGGUGCAGGUGCUAAUCUUGGUGCAGGUGAAGGUUUUGGUGAAGGUGUCGGUGAAGCUGCAGGUUACGGUGCAGGCGAAGGUGCCGGUGUAGGUGAAGGUGGAAGUGUAGUUGCAGGUGUAGGUGAUUGGGGUUCACUUGAAGGUAAAUUUGCAGGAAUAGAUGAAAGUGCAAAUGUAGGUGGAGGUGCAGGUGUAGAUGUAGGUUCAGGUGCAGGUGUAAAUGUGGGUGGGGGUGUAAAUCUAGGAGCAGGUGUAGGCGUAAGUGGAGGUGCAGGUGUAGGUAUAGAUUCAGGUAUAGGUUUAGGUGGAGGUGUAAAUCUAGAAGCAGAUGUAGGCGUAGGUGGAGGUGCUGGUGUAGGCGUAGGUGUAGGUGGGGGUGUAGAGUUAGGAGCAGGUGUAGGUGUUGGUGGAGGUGCAGGCAUAGGCGCAAGUGUUGGAGUAGGAGUAGGUAGAGGUGUAGGUGGAGGUGUAGGUGCAGGUGUAGGCGGAGGUUUAGGUUCAGCUGCAGGUGAAGGUGUUGGUGGAGGUGUAGACCUAGGAGAAGGUGUAGGCGUAGGUGGAGGUUCAGGGGUAGGCGCAGGUGUAGGCGUAGGUGGAAGUGUAGAUCUAGGAGCAGGUGUAGGCGUAGGUGUCGGUGCAGGUGCUGGUGUAGGUAGAGGUGUAGAUCUAGGAGCAGGUGUAGGCGUAGGUGUCGGUGCAGGUGCAGGUGUAGGUGGAGGUGAAGGUGCAAGUGUAAGUGUAGGUGGAGGUGCCGGCGUAGGUGCAGGUGCAGGUGUAAAUGUAGGUGGAGGUUCAGGUGUAGGUGGAGGUUCAGGUGUAGGUUCAAGUAAAGGUCUAGGCGCAGGUGUAGGUGGAGGUACAGGUAUAGGUGGAGCUGCAGGAGUAGGUGCAGGAGUAGGUAUAGGUAGAGGUGUAGGUGUAGGUGCAGGAGUAGGUACAGGUGAAAGUGCAGGAGUAGGUGCAAGUGUAGGUGAAGGGAGCGCAUCUAAAGGUAAAGUUGCAGGAGUAAGUGAAGGUGCUGGUGUAGGUGGAGCGACAGGAGUAGGUGCGGGAGUAGGUACAAGUGAAGGUGCUGGUGUAAGUACAGGCGCAGGUGUAGGUGCAGGAGUAGGUACAGGUGAAGGUGGAGGUUCAAGUGUAGGCGCAGGUCUAGGUACAGGUGAAAGUGCAGGAGUAGGUGCAAGUGUAGGUGUAAGUGUAGGUAAAGGAAGCGCAUCCCAAGGUAAAGUUACAGGAGUAGGUAAAGGUGCUGGUAUAGGUACAGAUGUAGAUUCAGGUGCAGGAUUAGGUGCUGGUGUGAGUGCAGGAGCGGGAACAAGUCUAGUUUCGGGUGGAAAAGGAGCAGUAAAUAUAGGAACCAAUCCAGCUACAGCUGGUGCUCGACCAGUAGAUGCUGGAACAAGUUCAGUUUCAGCUGGAAAUGGAGCAGGAACAAAUGGAGUUACAGUUGGAGCUGGAGUAGAACCGAUUGGAACAAGUCCAACUACAACUGGAAGUGGAGCAGGGCAGAUAGGAACAAGUCAUGUUGCAGCUGGUGGUGAAACAAUGAAUAUAGGAAUAAAUCAAGUUACAAAUAUAUACGUUGGAUCAAAUCAAGUAUCCGCCGGAGGUGGAGCAGUACAAGUUGGAACAAACUCAGCUUCAGGUGGAGGACUUGUCCAUGGUCAUAAGAGGCAUCGGCAAAGAAAGGGACGAUUGACAAGACCCCGAUCCAGGCAACGGAGGACCAGACCUUCUGCUGCGGAUUAGAGGGAAGAAAAGGUUGACCAGAAAAAGCAACAAUCUAUGCACAAUAAGGAGGAAAGGGAUAUUGUUAAAUCAAUUUCACGGCACGGGUUUAAUUUUAGUUGAGUUUACUCGCCCUAAUGUUAGGAGAAUUAAUUGUGGAAAAUAUACAA